UUCACCUAACCGUCCAGUCAUCACGCCUCUCCUUUCUCCAUCUCUCUCGCUGUCUUCUCGAUUCCAAAUCGAAUCCUUCCAUCUCUUCCUUAGCAAUCUAAAUAGAGCUUAUAAGAGAGAGAGAGAGAGAGAGAGAGAGAGAGAGAGAGACUUUGCUGACAGUUGCGAUCGAUUGUUUUCGAUUUGCUUCUUGUCCUUGAUCGAUCGACCGGUUUCGAGAAUUUUUUGCAGCUGUUUUUUGUCCUCCUUAUUGCUGUUUGAGGAAAUAAAUGGGUGCGGUGGCGGAGAACGCGGUCGGGUCGGAGGAUAAGUUCAUCGGCCGCCAGUCGCAUGCGCCAUCAGAGGCGGAGACGGAGAACCAGCGAGACGUGAGGAAUCUGGUGGAUUUCCUGUCGAAACUGAAUCCUUCCGCCAAGGAGUUCGUCCCGUCUUCGUACACUGCUUGGAAAUUUGAUGGCCGCCUCUCGGCUGGUGCGCCUAUCUUUGUGGUCGCGAGUGACUACUAUAGUAAGGGAGGGAUUGACCAUGGUGGUAUUAGAGAUUCAUUCAGCGAUGGAUCGUCGAAUAACCAGCUGAAUCGUGGAGUAAUGGUUUAUUCGUUUCAAUUACUAAGGCGAAAUGGUUAUAGUCAGGGGUGGAGGAGGAAGACUGAUAGAGUUCGGAGUGCUCAGAGCAAAGAAAGCAUUCGGCGAACUGUGUAUGUUUCUGAUAUUGAUCAUCAUGUCACCGAAGAAAAGCUUGCUGGAAUAUUUGCUACCUGUGGGCAAGUAGUUGAUUGUCGAAUUUGUGGUGAUCCACGCUGGGUUCGAUUUGCGUUCAUCGAGUUUUUUGAUGAGGAUGGUGCAAGAGCAGCCCUAGAUCUUGAUUUUACUAAGCUAGGUUACUAUCCAGUCAGAGUCUUACCUUCAAAGACUGCAAUCCUGCCUGUGAAUCCAAAAUUUCUUCCUAGGUCAGAGGACGAGAAGGAAAAGGUUUCAAGGACAGUGUAUUGCAUGAACAUCGAUAAAGAGGUUACCCAAACAGAAGUAAAAGUUUUCUUUGAGCAAUUUUGUGGUGAGGUUUCUCGUUUGAGACUUCUUGGCGAUACGCAUUUAACAUGUAUUGCUUUUGUCGAGUUUGUACAGGCAGAAAGUGCUGUUCGAGCUCUGAAUUGCAGUGGCAUGAUUCUAGGAACACAACAAAUCAGGGUGAGUCCUUCAAAAACCCCGGUGAGGCCACAGGCAAUCCGAGCCUCAUCAAACUGACUUGGGUUCGGUAACAACUGAACUCGGUUGCAAUGUCCAUGUAACCAGACUGCUCAUAAGGGCUCUUAUCGCAUUUUGCAUGUAUCAAACUGUUUCAACUGUUAAGAGUCUUUUCUCGUGGACUUACAAGGAUGGCUUUCUUUCAUUUGUUCUUGGCUGGAAAGGGCCAAACAACCUUCACUGACUACGGUGUAGUUUCUGUAGCUGAUCAUAUUUGUCUGACCAGUAAGUUAAUUUAGCAGAAGUAAAUUGGGUAUUCUAUGCAA